AUGCAGGGAAUAUUCGCGCUGUCCUCUCUACUGCUCUUGGGACCUUCCAAGAGCCAAGGGCACAAGUCGCGCCUCAUCUCGAUGCUACAGGUCAACUUGACUAAAUCCGACAGAGACAACGUCUUGCAAAAUCUCAUUGCGACUAUGCUCCUGUAUCAGUGUGAAGUUUGCGACACUGCCAGCCCCGGAGUGUUGUGGCGUUUGUAUCUCUGCGGUGCGAAGAAGAUCAUCUUCGCGGCUUCACAAUCACGCAGCCUUUAUCAGCACGACUGCGCGAUACUGAUGGAUUGGAUCUAUUACCACGAAGUCAUUUCAGAAUUCACCUUGCGGCAUUGGGCGGAACGAAGCACCAUCGAUUCGUUCUGCAGAGGUCCUCAAGCGAUACGGCCGAACAAUACCACAGUCGAUGGAUUCCUAGCUUCUAACAGAAUAACCUGCCCUAUGGAUGCGCUGGACCUCGUCCGAACCGUUUGUAAGCGGCCAUCGUCUGAUCCGAAUGACGACAUGCCCUACAACAACACCGACAUGGAACGAAUUCAGCAACUUCGACAGAGCAUUUACGGAAUCAUUGGAGAAUAUGGCACUUUCCAUGACAAUUGUGGAUCGUUGUUAAACAGACAGGACAUGAUGACUUCUCUGUAUCGAUAUGCUGCGUUGAUCUAUCUGAAUCGCUCGGUCGCGAAUAUCUCGACGUCCUCGUUUCCCCACAGAAGACUGGUGCGAGAGGGCAUACUGCUGCUGCAAACUCUUGGGUUCUGCGAAAGUGCGUGGCCGCUAUUCAUAAUCGCUUGCGAGGCCAAUGAAGACGAGCAGCGUCUCCAGAUAUUGGCCACCUUGGCUGAGACCAGACGGGAACUGGGCCAGCGCUCAAGCCAUAUCCCCCUCAUUCAGCACAUGAUUGAGGCUGUGUGGAAUCAAAAUGAUCUGAACAUUGAGAGCGAUGUCAGCUAUUGUAGAAUUAUCAACGCUGUGAUAUCCACGGCAUCGACCCUCCCGCUCUUGGCUUGA